AUGAACUUCAGCGCCGCACCGCGCAACCCCGCGGCCGGACAGGCGGCGCGGGGACCCGGGACCCCGCGCGGAGCGUCCGCCCUGGGAGCCGGGCAGGCCCCCGGAGCCCGGGUGGGUGCUGGGCCAGGGGCGUUGGGGGUCGGGGGGGGCGCGCAGCCACAGCCUGCGGGGGGCCGCGGAAGGUGGAGGCACACUCCUAGAUCAGCAGGUGGCUUUGCCCAGGCGGCCAGCGUGAAGGGCCGGGUGCUGAACCCUCCAUCAGACGCGGCGGCGAAGGCGUUAGCCCUGGCCUCUCGGAGCCGGGGGCCCUUGCACCCCACCCAGCCCGAGCCGCGGGGAGCCCCGGGCACCCCGGCCCGGGCGCGACGAGGGACCGCCCCCGCGCCCUCCCGACGGCCCCCGCCGGGCCUUAAAAGCCUGCCCCGCGGCGGCUGGAGGCGCGGAGACCUGGGCGCGCCAGCCCGGACAGCCGGCCCGAGGAGCCCCAUGGCAGAGCAGGUGGCCCUGGUCAUUGGGGGCCUCGCUGGGGGGCUGCUGCCUCUCCUGCUCAUCUGGGUGAGCUGCUGUCUCUGGAAGAAGCUUCGUGCCACGUUCACCUAUGAGGAGCUGCCGGGGAGCACCGCUGCCUCCGGCAUUCAGGGGGACAAGCUCUACCCACCACAUGCCGGGACCCAGCCAAGCAGGCCCACAGGUGUGCCAUUCGUGGUGCCCCCUUCCCUCCAAGACCGAGACUGGGUACCCCUACACCGUGGAGAGUGGGCCCAGGCCCCACGGGACCCCUGCCUCGCCCUGGAGCCCAUGCCCCACACCUCCAGCGGCAGCUUUGGAAAUACAGGCACGACAGGGACCAUCAACCCAGAGCUCUACACGUUCCUGCAGGACAAAAGUGAAACCGACUUCCCCGAGGGCUGCCAGGGGCGGCUGUGGUUCUCCGUGGAAUACCAGCAGGAAGCCGAGCGGCUGCUGGUGGGCUUGAUCAAGGCACAAAGGCUGCCAGCCGCCUCGGAGACCUGCAGCCCCCUGGUGAAGCUCCAUCUGCUGCCCGACGAGCGGCGCUUCCUCCAGUCCAAGACCAAACACAAAACCUCCAACCCACAGUUUGACGAGCACUUCGUCUUCCAGGUGUCCAGCAAGAGCAUCACACAGAGGGUACUCAGGUUCUCCGUGUACCACGUGGACAGGCAGAGGAAGCACCAGCUCCUGGGCCAGGUGUUCUUCCCCCUGAGAAAUGAGACUCUGGCAGGUGACUGCCCAUGCGUCGUCUGGAGAGACCUGGAGGCCGAGAGCAGGGAGCCUCCCUCCGAGUUUGGAGACCUGCAGUUCUGUCUCAGCUACAAUGACUGCCUGUGUCGCCUGACCGUGGUUGUGCUGCGAGCCAAGGGCCUCCGGCUCCAGGAGGACCCGAGUUUCGUCAGUGUGUUUGUCAAAGUGUCUCUGAUGAACCACAACAAGUUUGUCAAGUGCAAGAAGACUUCGGCUGUGCUGGGCUCCGCCAACCCCGUGUACAGCGAGACUUUCAGCUUCAGGGCCGACCCCGCAGAGCUGGACACGGCCAGCCUCAGCCUGACAGUGGUGCAGAGCGCCAGAGGGGAGAACAGCCACCAGCUGGGCCGGGUGGUGGUGGGCCCCUACAUGUACACCAGAGGCAGACAGCUGGAGCACUGGAACGAGAUGCUCAGCAAGCCCAAGGAGCUGGUGAAGCGCUGGCAUGCGCUCUGUCCCACCCCUGAGCCCUGA